AUGUCACGCUUCUACUUGACUCCACAAAUUCUUCUGCCCUUUAGCCCUCUUACUUCUCAAGAGUCUGAUCUGAUCAGACACAAGGCAGGAGCAUCGUGGAGGAAGGAGACCCAAUGGUCGGAUUCUUCUGCGACGACGUACUCUGGCAGUUACUGGAAAAAACAACUGGAUGAGUCCACAUGCAGCUGGUUUUCUUUUAGAGCAGGACAGCAUGAGCCUGGGUAUAAACAGAUGUCAUUGCCAAACAGCUCUGCCUUCAAUUCUCUGCUCUACCAGGCUGGUAGUCAAGAGACUACAGAUGUUAAAGGUAAAUUAUUCCCUGAUAUAACCAGGUCCUUUAAAAAGUCACUUGACGUCAAGCACGGAGUGGCACGCCAAAUUUAGUGUUUUGGUGAUUUUUCUCAGGCACCUCCAAAUUAUAAAAAAUCAUGUGUGAGACCUAAAAAAGCACUUGAAACCCUGAUGAACUACAGUCGACGAGGGAAAAACUUCCUAAUGAAUCUUCAGGGACAAUGUGAUUCUGAAAGCAAGGUUGGCUCGUCCCGAGACUCAGAAGAGGAUCGAUACUCCGAUUAUGGUGGGGACGACGGUUAG